UUUCUUUAGUCUAUCCCCCAUGCAAUUCCCUUCAAAUUUAGUUCAAGUUGUUCCUGACACUUCCAAUGUUGCUCCACCUGUCAAAUCUGAGCCUGCACAAUUUGUGUUUCUGCAUGCUUUGGAUCACAGUUUUAACAGCGAGAGUGCCCAUACUUGCUCUCUUAUAGCCUCACCGAUACACUAA